AUGAAGCUGAUUUUCGUGGCCACAACAUUCAUGCUGCAUGGCAUUGCCUCAGCCAAGAUCGCCCAAAUGCUGUGCAACAACAAGCCGCCUUUGAGCCAGUGGGGACCUGCAAAUUGUUCUGAAGACGACCACUGGACGUGCUACUCACGCUGUCAGAAGGAGUGCCCCGUCGAGAGACAACCUUCAGUAGCCUCUAUUGGAUAUGUGCGAUCUGACGGACAGUGCGACUGCUACUGUUGGGUGUAA